UUUCGUUUCAUUGCACCAAACAACCACCAGGCGCCUCUGCGGUAGAUAAGUAACACUUGCGGACAAAGCCUUAUGGCCAAAUCCUACAGGGUGAGCGUACCAUCAACUCUAUAACUCUGGUCAUAUGGAGUUGUGUUGUUUAAUGUGUUAAUCAACGGAUCCCUUGUUGAAGAUCACGAAAGCCACCUUGCCUUAACCACAGAAGUUUGCACCACUUAAAACGAUUGUAUAAAGUUGUUAUUGCGAUACUGAUCACAGGUUUGUUUAUGUUUCAACGAAAAUGAAAACCGUGUUCCGAAGUCAUAGCAUAGAACUGAAGUGACGAACUGAAUUCGGAAACUGAGGAACAGUUAAUUAAGGCAGUUUAGGUUUUCUUUUCUUCAGGAUGAGUUUUCUCAAACAAGAAAGUUCUAAAAGUCGAUCAAGUAUUUCAAGCAUAUCCUCGUCAACAUCUGUGCUUGGCACCGGAUCAGUUUCGGGUACCACAGCCUCUUCAACAGAUUUGGCUAGCUUCUUUGAGUGCCCUGUGUGUUUUGAAUAUGUUCUACCACCAAUCUUGCAAUGCCCAAGUGGUCAUCUGGUAUGUUCUAACUGUCGACCAAAACUCUCUUGCUGUCCAACAUGCAGAGGGCCUUUAGGCAAUAUCAGAAAUUUGGCUAUGGAAAAAGUUGCUUCCACUGUUCUCUUUCCCUGUAAAUUUUCUACAUCAGGAUGCCAAGUCUCAAUGUUGCAUACAGAUAAAGGAGACCAUGAGGAGGUUUGUGAGUAUAGACCUUACUCUUGCCCUUGCCCAGGUGCAUCUUGUAAAUGGCAAGGAGCACUAGAGCAAGUAAUGCCUCAUCUAUUGAAUCAACAUCGAUCUAUCACGACACUUCAAGGUGAAGAUAUUGUUUUUUUAGCAACAGAUAUUGCACUCCCCGGCGCUGUUGACUGGGUCAUGAUGCAAUCAUGUUUUGGUCAUCACUUCAUGCUCGUACUUGAGAAACAAGAAAAAUACGAUGGGUUACAACAAUUUUUCGCCAUCGUCCAGCUUAUUGGCACAAGGAAGCAAGCCGAUAACUUUGCCUACAGACUGGAAUUGAGCGGACACCGGCGACGACUGACUUGGGAAGCCACACCACGCUCUAUUCAUGAAGGCGUGUCAUCUGCAAUUCUUAAUUCGGACUGUCUCGUUUUUGACACCUCCAUCGCGCAGUUGUUCGCCGAAAAUGGCAAUUUGGGUAUAAACGUUACCAUUAAUAUGUGCUGAUUAUUUGAAUUUGAGAGGCACUCAACAUUUCCUCUCGCCAAAAAAGUUUGGUUGUGCUAUUAGUAUCUAUUUUUCGCCUAAAUGACACUGGUUCAUUUUUUAAAAUCGUGUUUUCUCGUCCCUACAUGUGUUGCUUGUGUGCAUGCACCAAAAAUCACACAAAGUUCGUACGAAUGAUAAAAAAUUGUUGUAAACGACUGUUUUCCCCCAGUUUCCCCCCUUUUAUUUCUUUCUUGUUCGAGCAGAGUUUCUGUCGCGUUGCCUUGUACAGUUUGCGAUUGCCACCUACGAUGAAUUAUACGGCUCCAUGUUCAAACAAA